UGCGCGUUGCAUUAUGGGACACAAAUAAAGUGCAAUAAGGAUUUACACAGGAUAAAGGAUGAUGAACUUUAACGAAACGGGAAAACACAUUUAGUAAACUUUUUUAAAACAACUUGUGGUGCCAUCGACAGCUCCAAGUAUUAAUGCAAAUCUCAAUUUUAUGUGCGUUUGGCCAACGCAUGAUUCCCAAACACAAGUCAAGGAGUGCGGGCUAAAUCGUCAGAUCUAACACCCAGACUGCUCGCAAGCUAAGGUGCUGCUUUGUGCUACUGCACGCCCAGCUGUGGUGUGUUUACAUCGGCCUCGUUAGACUCCACAACCCGAGGCCGAUCUAAUCAAACAGAACCGAUUCACACACGGUUGUCUACUGUGAAGGUGAAUACCCACCAGUGCCAGUACGCUAAGACACAAAGAUGGGGGUGAAAACCUUUACCCACAGUUCCCCCAUGCACAGUCAAGAGAUGCUAGAAAAGUUGAAUGCCCUGCGCAAUGAGGGCCACCUCUGCGAUGUCACCAUCCGGGUCCAGGACAAGCUGUUUCUAGCACACAAGGUUGUGCUCGCCUGCUGCAGUGAGUUCUUCCGCUCCAAACUGGUGGGAAGACCUGAGGAGGAGGACAAGUUUGUGUUGGACUUGCACCAUGUCACGGUGAGUGGCUUCACUCCACUGCUGGAAUAUGCCUACACGUCCACCCUUUCGAUCAGCACGGAGAACAUUAUUGAUGUUUUAGCCGCCGCCAGUUACAUGCAAAUGUUUGCUGUGGCAAGCACGUGCUCUGAAUUUAUGAAGUCCAGCAUCCUCUGGAGUGCCGGAAACAUGGGGCCAGAGAAACCACAGGAGUCGGCUCUUGGCGAAAGCACUUCUUCCCACUGCGCCUUGACCCCUUUGGACAGUAGCCUGUCACCGGUUUCAUCUGACUGCAGUGUGAUGGAGAAGAGCAUCCCAGUUUGUCGAGAGUCGCGACGCAAACGUAAGAGCUUCAUCAUGAUGUCCCCAGAGAGCCCGCUCAAAUGCACCGCACAGAUCACUUCACCACAGAUGCCCAACCCAUCGCCUUCCUUCUCAGAGACCUCCACCCAGCCUGUGGACUCUUCCCUGGCCUUCCCGUGGACCUUUCCUUUCGGUAUCGAUCGGAGGUUCCACCCGGAGAAGCAGCCUAAGCUUCCUGAGAGCCCACACUGUCUGGAACAGGCAGGGCCCUCGGAUGCGAGUCGUCGGCUGAGUGACUUCCUGACAUGCGAAAGCUCCACUAAGGCACCAUCGUCGCUGGCGGGCACAGAUGAGGAUGUGCGCAUCAAAGUGGAGAGAUUGAGCGAUGAGGAAGUCCAGGAAACAUCUUCACAACCCGUCAGCACAUCCCAAAGUUCCCUGAGCGACCAGCAGACGGUGCCCUGCAGCGAACAAGUCCAGGAGGACCUCCUUAUUAGCCCGCAGUCUUCCUCCAUAGGUUCAAUAGAUGAGGGAGUCACAGAAGGUUUGCCCUCCAUGCAAAGUACAUCCAAUGCUGGAGGUCAUGCUGAGAAUGAUGAAAGAUUAGAAAGCCUCCAGUACCCUUACCACUUAUACAUAAGUCCUUCAACCCGUCCUGGUACCAAUGGCCCAGACAGACCUUUCCAGUGCCCAACAUGUGGUGUCCGAUUCACCCGUAUUCAGAACUUGAAACAACACAUGCUCAUCCACUCUGGCAUUAAGCCCUUCCAGUGUGAUCGCUGUGGAAAAAAAUUCACACGGGCCUACUCCCUAAAGAUGCACCGGCUGAAGCACGAAGGUAAACGCUGUUUCCGGUGCCAGAUUUGUAGUGCCACAUUCACGUCCUUCGGCGAAUAUAAGCACCACAUGAGGGUCUCCCGCCACAUAAUCCGCAAGCCCCGGAUUUACGAGUGCAAAACGUGCGGCGCCAUGUUUACCAACUCUGGCAAUUUAAUUGUACACCUGCGGAGUCUGAACCAUGAGGCAUCUGAACUAGCAAACUACUUCCAAAGCAGUGAUUUCCUCGUGCCCGACUACUUGAGCCAAGUGCAGGAGGAGGAGACUCUGGGGCAGUAUGAGCUGGUGGAGCAAGGCUUUGAAGGCAACAACUCGUCUGUCCAGAUGCCGGUCAUCUCCCAGGUCUCCUCCACCCAGAAUUGUGAGAGCAACACCUUCCCAUUAGACACCCCAUCCCUGAAGGACAAAAAUGUGUCAGAGGAGCCAAAGACAAACAGCAGUAGCAGCUCCCAGGAUGGCUCUGAGGAGGAGAAUGCCCACAUUAAACAGCUGGCUUCCAUUUCAAUUGAGUGACCAUCAACUACUAGCUGUGCCCUUCCUCCCUCUUUUCAAUCCAAAGCCCCGCCUUUGGAAAGUGCCUGAGAUUGCCCUUCUUCAUUGAGCGUCACUAGAAUUAGAGGUCUUAACUUUGCUAACAGCGACAAAUCAUUUAUUUCGUUACUUAUAUGGAUUUCAUUUCUUGUUGUAUGAAACAGGUUGUGUUACUUUGAGUGCCGUUGAUGUGGGGAAACUAUGUUACUAAAUAUUAUCUAUUGCAAGAGCUUGUAGUUUGAUAAUUGAAUGCUACGUUGUAAGUAGUUGUGAUUCAUGUCGGAGGUGUGUAUGUGUUUUCUUUUGUGAAUAAGAAUAUUGUGCAUUUUAUACUUUAUUUACCCCCAAACAGUUUUAAAACUUGAAAUUGCAUCUAGAACUCUCAUUGUUCCGUUAUUCGCAAUAUGAAUGAACUGCAACUUUGACGCUUGACUUGUUAGGGGUUGUUUGAAAUGUAGAUAUCUACUUGUUGCCCGAACUUGGAAAGCUGGAUCAGAAAGACAUGAUGUCACAGAAAAUGAUCUGUGAAUUACUCUUGUCCCUAACAUGUGUGAUAGAUAUCUCUAGUGACAUAUUUAUCAACACCACCAAAUCGCUGAGCCCAAAUUAUAAACCACAUCAAAUUCUGGUUUUCUGUCGCUGCAGGAUUGUUGACAUGCUGUGUAAAACUGUCACAAAUAAAGACAGUGACAUACUCCUUUUACUGAUUCCCUAUUGUGAGUAAUGUCACUGUAUGGAACAAACAGUAACGUUUCAAAUAUAUGUUAACAAAACAACAGUGGUUAAAUACAUUCUAAGAAUAUCACUAUGGUGGUAGACAUUACAUAGUUAUGUACUAGUUACAUGGUGACAUAACUACUAUGCUUCAAUGUCACUAUUUUGAAAUAUAACAAUUAGACCCCAUUACUUUUUGGUGCAUCUUUUGGUUGGUAGGAAUAUUCAUUGCCAAACUUUUGUAUUCAGAGAUGACAUUUUAGAAGCUAGUGUCUUGACUCUGGUUGACAUUCUUUGGAUUACUUUGUACUAAUCAAGUGGUCAACAAAUAAGAAUGUGUGGCUGGGUGCCUUGCUUACUGUGAGUUUUACAAUUCAAUGUGUAUGGAGCCAGGAGAGGUCUAUAAUAACAUAGCCACCAUGACAUUGCUUUGUGUCAUUAAGUGGGAUCAAUGGAUAUUUUUUGGUGUUUUCAAUUAACCUUGCGAUUUUCCUGGUUGAGGUGCAUGUUCAUUUUCUUUUAGCAUUACUCCAGAGAUAUUGUCCUUAGCUUGGAUACCUGUUACUUUAAACCGUCAUUAGCCACAGUUGUCCAUCACUAUGCCUUCAUAAUUCAAUGGUGAUACUCCAUUGAUUAAAUGCUACUGACAUUUUUGUUCAUUAAGUGUUCUUUCCAUAUCAUUCCACAUAGUCCA